AUGGAGAUAACAUAUGUAUACACAAAGAAACGCAGUGAAUUUGGCAGUCAAUGCAAUUUCACAGACCGACCAGUGGAGCUUCUUGUUGACAUUCUACCAGACCCAACCGUGGCAGCAAGCUUCAUUCAAAGAGACCUAUGUAACAUGCCUGUUCAGUGUGUCCAGCAGAUGUCAGAACAUGAGAUAAACACUGAGCGUCUAGAGACAGAGACUGAAGGAGUUAACCAUGUAGAAGGGGGCUGGCCAAAGGAUGUAAAUCCACAAGAACAGGAGCAAACCACACGCUUUAGAAAAAAGGUGGAAAAGGAAGAGAGCUACAUCGCUUCACUGACUAUUUUGGGAAGUCUUAUGGAGCAUUGCAUCAAGCAGAACAAUGCCAUCAAUAUCUAUGAAGAAUACUAUGAGGAAGAGGAGGAGGUACAGGAAAGCACGGAAGAGCCACCAACAGCAAAGACUCUUCAUGUUCUCAAAGACCCGAAUGACAUCAAGCGUACUGCCACCAGUUUGUCUUGGCACCCAGAUGGAGGCAGAAAAUUGGCAGUGUCUUAUUGCUGUCUGGAGUUCCAGCGGGCUAGCAAGGAUAUGAGUUUCCACUCCUAUAUAUGGAAUCUUGAGAAACCCAACAAACCACAAAUGACCCUGAAGCCAUCUUCACCCAUUGUGUGCUUAGAUUACAACCCCAAGGACUUUCACGUUCUGGCGGGUGGAUGCUACAAUGGACAGGUUGCUUACUGGGACACCCGGAAGGGUAGCCAGCCAGUAGAAAUGUCCAUCAUCGAACAAAGCCACCGAGACCCAGUCUACAAAGUAAUCUGGUUACAAUCCAAGACAGGCACAGAUUGUUUUUCUGCAUCCACAGAUGGGCAGGUGCUUUGGUGGGACAUUCGAAAAUUGAGUGAGCCUACUGAGAGGUUGAUCCUUGACAUUAGUAAAAAGGGAACCCUGGAUGGUGCUGCUGGUGCCACUUCACUGGAAUUUGAGACCACUAUGCCAACAAAAUUCAUGGUAGGAACAGAGAAUGGGAUGGUGAUAGCAUGCAAUAGGAAAGGAAAGACCCCUGCAGAGAAAAUCAGCAGCACCUUCUGCGGCCACCAUGGGCCAGUCUAUGCAUUGCGGCGGAAUCCGUUUUACCCCAAGAAUUUUCUGUCAGUGGCCGAUUGGAUAGCACGCAUCUGGUCAGAGGACACCAAGGAGUCCUCUAUCAUGUGGACGAGAUACCAUAUGGCCCGUCUGUCUGAUGGCUGCUGGAGCCCCACUAGACCCUCAGUGUUUUUUACUACAAAAAUGGAUGGUACUCUGGAUGUCUGGGACUUGCUGCUUAAGCAGAAGGAACCAACACUAAGUGUAAAGGUAUGCGAUGAAGCACUCUACAGUCUUCGGGUUCAGGAUAACGGACACAUCCUUGCUUGUGGCUCUCAGCUGGGCACAGCCACAUUGCUGGAAAUAUCUUCUGGACUGUGCAGUCUCCAGAGAAAUGAGAAGGCCCUGGCCAAUGAGAUGUUCGAGCGGGAGUCAAAACGUGAGAAGAUCCUAGAGGCUCGCCGACGGGAAUUGCGUCUUAAGGAACGCGGUCGGUCUGACCAAGGCAAGGAAGAGGAACCAAAGGAAGCUGAGCCACAAGAGAGCACUGAAGACUUAGUGGCACGUGCGGAGAAAGAAUUCUUUCAAGCCAUCGAAUCUGAGCGCAAGAAAAGGGAGCAGGAACAGCAGAAGCUGCAAACUCCGAUCAGUACGGUGAAAGUGGAGGAAGCAGGAAAACUGGUGUCAUAGA